CUGACCUUCACUUCUUCCUAAUCAACCCUUCUCUCUCCUUUUCUUCUUCAAGAAUCCAAAAAACAAAUGGGCUCAGAGACUUUCCUGGAAGUGAUUCUAGCGAUUCUUCUCCCUCCCGUCGGCGUUUUCCUCCGAUAUGGUUGUGGGGUAGAGUUCUGGAUAUGUUUGCUGUUGACUGUGUUGGGUUACAUCCCUGGGAUCAUUUAUGCUAUCUACGUUCUUGUGGUAUGAUCACCAAAUGAAUUAUCUUCGUGUACAGUUUUCAUAUGAGUUAGCCUUUGCGGUUUCUCAUCACUCUUGUAAUAAAACCUCUUGCCUUCUCCCUAAAUAAUAAAUUCUAUUGUUUUCCUUCUCUCUCUU